UUGUUAGGGGACUGGUUCGAGGAACCUUCCAGCGGUGGUUCGGACGUGCGUCUUAAACUUGCUUUUGAGGCAGGCACCAGUUUUCGGCGAACGCAGUUGUUCACGCCGUUCAGGUUUGCGUCGACACCUAAUUUAAGUGAUUUUCAGGUUAAUGUUAAUUUCAAGGCCGUCGUUGACUCGCACGCCCAGAACACGGUAAAUGCGAUCAACGCGGCGUUCGACACGUUCCUCGUCCUACGUCGGUGCCAGCACCAGUUGGCACAUUUGUCCUUCUGCGACCUGAUGAACGAUCUUGUGUGCAUGGUCAAGACCGUAUGUGAAUUCUGGAAUACGGACAACGCCUACUGUGAAUCAGAUAUCGUGUCGCUAACCGAAGCUUUUCGAAAGUGCAGUUCGACUAUCAGUAAGCUGGUGCAGACGCAGUCGAUGAGCUAA